AGUUAAGUAGUUUAUGACAAUAAACUGCUUAUUGAACUGAAUUAAUCUUAAAAUCAGCAGGUUUUCAGGACAAGCAGGAGGAGAUGAAUUACGAAUUUGGGCGAGAAAGUGGUUUUAUCAACAGCCAGCCGUCGCUUGCAGAGUGCCUGACAUCUCUCUCCAACCCUGUCGGUGAUGCAUUUCAAAGUUCAUCAAUCAAGAGCUCGACGCUUUCACAGUCGACACUGAUUCCUCCUCCUUUUGAGCAGCCCAUCCCCGGCCUGAAGCAGGGCAUCCACCGACACAGCCGCUCAAAGCAUCCGCUGCAAGCUGCAUCCUUACCCCCGGAGUACCCGUGGAUGAAGGAGAAGAAAAGCAUCAAGAGAAACCAGUCUGCUGCUGCUGGGACCACUGCUGCCUCCUCACCACUCUACUUCUCCCCCCAAGGUUCACCAGAGGGGCCAGAGGGAGGUGGUGUUGGAGGUGGUGUUGGAGGUGGAGGAGCAUCCCGGAGGCUGAGGACCGCGUACAGCAACACCCAACUCCUGGAGCUGGAGAAGGAGUUUCAUUUCAACAAAUACCUGUGCAGACCGAGGCGAGUGGAAAUAGCUUCCCUGCUGGAUUUAACAGAGAAGCAGGUGAAAGUGUGGUUCCAGAACAGGAGGAUGAAGCACAAGAGGCAGACACACUGCAAGGAGAACCGGGACAGUGAGGGGAAGUACACGUGUGUGGUCGGGCCGGAGGAGGACUGUGAGCCGGAGGAGGACAGCAGCACAGCCGGGACUCUCCUGGAGAGAGAGAGCUACUUCCACCAACAUACCUUAACGUCACAGCAGAGCCAGAACGGCCACAAUGGGGACAACCAAAGCCCUUUGAACAGCAAUGAGAAAAAUCUGAAACAUUUUGCUCCCACUGUUCCCACUGUUCCCAUCUGCGUGUCAACAAUAGGCCCGGACAAUGAUCAUUCCCCGGGCCUGGACGUCUCUUUGGAGGAUUUCCACGUUUUCUCCUCCUCCUCCUCUUUCUCACCGAGUUUGUCAGAUUCUUCUCACAGUCCUCUGUAUUUAUCAUCCGAAACUUUCGACCUUUUCUCAGAAACACUCACAACAAUCGACCUGCAAAACUUGAGCUACUGAAAUACUUUCUACAUGUUCUAUUUGAAUUCAGACACUUGUGUGCAUUUUUUUUUUCCUCACCCAGUUUAAGCGUUAAUAGAUCUCAUAAAUAAGGUAAGUUAACGAGCUAUUUAACCUGU